CUAUUAUUCGCACCUAACUUUUACUCCACUGUAAAAAGGUGAAAGGCACAGUCAAACUGUCAAACCUACCCUUCAAAAGUUUUCCCCUAACUUUCUCUAUUAAUAUUUUAGUUUCCUUAACAUUUGUUCAAACCCAUCAACACUUUUCAGUUUUUCACUCUCUUCAUUUGUAUGGCUGAACUACUUUUGAAGGCGUUCGCCGCCGUUUUUGCGGCGGUUGUUGUCCUGAGUGGGGCUGCGGUUUCAGCCCAAACCCACCACGUCCUCGGCGGCGACGGCGGCUGGGGAACCGCCUUGGAUGUCGGAUCCUGGUUAUCGGGUCGGGUCUUCAGGGUUGGAGACAAAAUAUCGUUCAAUUGUUCAGGAACAGACAACAACAUCGUGGAACUUGAGAGCCCGGAGGACUUUCACUCAUGUGAUCUCUCAAACCCAAUCAAACUGUACACAGACCCUAUUAGCCAAAUCGAACUAAAGAAAGAAGGUGCAAGGUACUUCACUAGCGCAAACCCAGAUAACUGCAAAAAUGGGCUUAAGCUGCAUGUGCCCGUCGAGUCUCAAGAAUACGAGCCUCACCCUCACGAACCUCCAUUCGAGCCAUUUACACCUCACGAACCUCCAGUCGAGCCAUUUCCACCUUAUGAUCCACCGCAGCCCGUUAGGCCACCACCGCAGCCCGUUAGACCACCACCCUCUGCAGCAGCCUAUUUGAACAACUUGUCUCUUGUGAUGUUUGUUGGGUUGUUGAUUUGCUAUGUGGUCGUGUAGGUGUGACUUUUAGUUGCAAUGGUGUUUGUUUUAGUAGUUUGUUUGACAAAAUAAGUCUUUCGUUGAUGUGUGUUUGUGUAUCAAAGAAAGAGUCGUAGUAGCAGCAGCAACAGUUGUGUAACUUCAUAUUUGACUUACUUCCCUUGACUUUGGAAGUCUAUUAAUUUAAGGUGUGAUGUUUAUCUUUCUCUCCUUCCCUCCGACUCUUUCUCUGCAUUAGAAUUUGAAUAUAUGGUUUUGUUGGGUAGACAUCUGUAUCUUCAAAAAGUAGACUUGGAAAGUGUUGAAGAAAAUGAAAAGUUUGUUUCUUUAUAGCUAGAAGUAAGACCAAGUUGGAGUUAUGUUGAAUCUAAUGGAAAUGUGAAUACUCU